GGUCUCCAUCAUACUUUAAUUCUUUUUCUCAUUUUAAUUAUAUGGUUCUUGUUGCCUUCUUUUACUUUAAAAUCCACAACUUUAAUUCUAUCUCCUCACUAUGGCUAGAUCGCUUCUUACCCAAGAAAAUGGCAUCUGGGCCGAUCAGUUACCUGCACCAUCGGAGAUCACAGUCAGUCCGGCUCUUCUUUGGUUGAUAGUAUCCGUAGCUGCCAUCUUCUUCAUAUCUGGAAUUCUUCAUAUUCUUCUUAGAUUCUUCAAAAAGAAACCUUCGUAUAAUAAUCCAUCAGUACUCAUCACUCAGUCCAACAGAUAUACCCAACAGUCUCUCGGAAGACAGCUUCAACAACUUUUCCGGCUACAAGAUUCCGGCUUGGACCAGUCUUUCAUCGAUAAUCUCCCUGUCUUCAACUACAAGGAGAUUAUAAUAAUCGGGUCCCAACAAUAUCCAUUUGAUUGUGCUGUGUGUUUAUGCGAGUUCUCACCUGAUGACAAACUUCGGUUGAUUCCAAUUUGCAGCCAUGCUUUUCACACUCAUUGCAUCGACACGUGGCUUCUAUCAAAUUCCACGUGCCCUCUUUGCAGGGUCAAUUUGGGGAUACAAGUAGAACAACACCGAUUAUGUAAUAAUAAUCACAAUGUACGUCCAAGGGAAGAAAAUGUCAUUAGUGUCCCUAUCCCUACUACGAAUAAUAACAUACAACGGGUACUUUCCGUGAGGCUUGGAAAGCUCGAGAGCUUUAAUGGGGAACAAAGAUCCAGUGGAGUGGAGGGUAGCAGUAGCAGGUGUAAUUUGGAUGAAAGGAGGUGUUUCUCAAUGGGUUCAUUUCGAUAUGUGGUUAAUAAUAUGGAUCUGGAAGUGUCAUUAAGGUCGAAUGUAAAAAAAGAUGAUGUAAUAGUAUAA